AUGGCACAACAUGGGUUUAAUAUCACAUCCAAAGUGGCGGAUUGCAUUGUGGAUGGUAACUGGAACUGGCCUGAAGCGUGGAGAGACCUGUACCCGGUAUUAUUUCAACUUCAAAAUAUUACCCUUAAUGAAACAAAUCAGGAUCGGAUCAUGUGGCAGAAAAUCGAUGGUAAUAUUGUUGAUUUUUCAACCAAAGAAGUAUGGGAAGCGAUGCGAGUGCGAGGGCAGCCGGUGGGUUGGGCGAAAACUGUUUGGUCAGCUCUUAAUAUUCCAAAACAUGCCUUUGUUACCUGGUUGAUUUUCAAGAAAAAGUUGUGGACGCAAGAUCGGAUUCUUCAUUGGAACAGAACAGUCACGGGAUCCAUGAAUCUUAUGUGUUGUUUACUGUGUUAUUCAGGAAUAGAUACGCAUAACCAUCUAUUCUUUGAGUGUGAAUAUUCAAAAGCGGUAUGGUAUUCAAUCCGGAAUAAGGGAGAUAUGGGCUCGGUCAGCGAGAAAUGGGAAGAUGUUGUAAACUGGUUAGUUCCUAGAUCAGCUUCGAGAUCGAUUGCUUCAGUUAUCAGCAGAAUUCUGGUGGCAGCUUCGGCAUACUUCAUAUGGAGAGAGCGAAAUGCUAGAUUUUUUAACAACCGAUUAAGACCUCCAGAACUAAUUUCAGAAUUGAUUGUCGAUACUGUGCGUGCAAAGCUACUGUCCUUCAAAUAUAAGCGGAGUGCUAGAGUUAUCACACUCAUGGAGGAAUGGAAGCUUGAUGGUGUGGAGAGAUUUGGCGAAGACUAA